AUGGAGAAACAGGGUGGCAGUAGCCUGCUUCCUACGGGACGCACCCCAGGGCCGGCGGGGCCUGCUGCAAGCGGCACUGGCGGGGGUGGCGCAGAGCAGAGGCCACUGGGCCCAGCGCGCGAUCGUCCCGUUGCGAGCGCCCGGCAAACUUGCGAGUGUGCCUCUGCUGGGGGUGUCCGAGCCGGGGGGGCGCGGAGCAGGGGAGGCGGGCGGACCCGGGCAGAACCCUCCCCGGCUGCCAAAAUCCCGCGGCCUGGAGGGGGCGAGGACAAGGAGGAGGAGGAGGAGGAGGAGGAGGAGAGGGGCCCGGUGCCCCGGCCGGGCUAUUGUCUGCGGCGGCCGCACAAAGAGCCGGGCCGUGGGCGCGCGGGGACCCCGGCCCAGCCCCACAACAGCAGCCCUGAGCCCCAGCCCCACGCAGGCCGCGCACCCGCCUGGCGCGCACGUGGGGAAACUGAGGCCCGGAAAGGUCCGAGGACUGCUGUGGACUGUCUCGAGGGUCAGAUGCCCUGUGGGGGGUGUGCUGGAGGUGCAUCUGAACAACGCCCGGCCGAGGACCCACGGGUCGAGGGUGAUGACCCGGCAGUCACCCUGCAGCGUGGGAAGUGGCGUCGGGGAGUUGCAGGCCGCGGCCCAGGCCGUUAG